AUGGAAAUUGAUUUGUUUAAGAAGAUAGAAGAAUUCAAAUUCAUAAGGAAUGUGAAAGCAGGUGAUGAAAUCAUAGAAGAAGGACGUAGGUGUAUGAAUAUACUGAAUAACAAGGCAACAACUGAUGGAAAACUGUAUAAAGUGGGAAGAAUUUUAUUCAAUUUUUCCAAAACAAUUCAAUACAGACCAAUGGUACAUGAUAUUGUGAUAGGAAGAGUGUUUGUUAUUCAAAACGACUAUUAUAAAGUCAAUGUGGCACAUGGAAAUCUACACAACAGUAUGUACACUGGAAUACUGCCAUUUCUAUCAUUCACAAAUGCAACUAAGAAGAAUAGACCUGAAUUGAAUACAGGUGAUUUGGUACUAGCCAAAAUAUCAGGUAUCUUUGGAAAUGAAUUGCAAUUAACUUGUAAUGAGAUGAACCUGGGUCAAAUUGAUUUCGUGUUCCAAAUGGAUGUCUGGAAAGUGCAACUGCUUCAUUUUAUGAAUCUACAGGAGGAAAUUAAAAGCGUAAGUCGAAAAUGUAAAUCAUAUUGCUUGGCAUUAGGUAUGAAUGGAUACAUUUAUUUGGAAAGUGAUGAAUUCAUAGAGAUAAAACAGGCAUUAGAACAGUGUAUGAAUGAAUCAAAUUAA